AUGUCGUCCAGCAGCACACCCAGAGCCAAGUAUCUAUGCCUUACGAUUCUUGGUUAUCGUAAGCCGGGCAUGAGCGAGGAAGACUAUCGCAACCAUAUGGUCAAUAUAUCGGCACCUAUGACUAAAGGGCUUAUGGCAAAGUAUGGAAUCAAAAGAUGGACACAGAUCCACAACCAAGAGUCAACGCGUUCCCUGAUGUCCGAGUUAUAUGACCCACAAAUGGCUAAUGUCGCCGACUUUGACUGUUUUAGUCAGGUGGUAUUUGAAAACAUAGAGGAUUAUAAGCGUAUGAAACAGGAUCCGUGGUAUAAGGAGCAUUUGAUGAAAGAUCACGAAGCUUUUGCGGAUACGAAGAGAAGCAUGAUGACAAUUGGGUGGAUUGAAGAGUUUGUGAGGGAUGGCCAGGCUGUCGAUGGGUUCAAGGCCUGCUAA